AUGGAUCACGCAGCGGAAGAUCAUCAAACGGAUUUGAUGACCAUCACUCGUUUUGUUCAUGACGAGCAAUCCAGUUAUAUUUUAACCCAUUACUUGAGCAGGAUGGUCUUGCAAAACUUGUCGGACUCGCCUGAGAAACCAAAGUUCAGGCAAGGUGAAGAGCAAAAGAAAUUGGAUGUGCUCUCAAAUGAAGUUUUCAUCAAUGCUUUAAAAAGCAACGGCCGGUAUAUGGUUGUUUUUGAUCCGCUGGAUGGAUCCUCCAACAUCGACUGUGGUGUUUCCAUUGGAACUGUAUACCCUCUUAACCUAAACCAUGCUGUUCCUCUAAAAGAAGUUUGA